CAGGCAUCGGCAACGGUAACUUGCCGCGAAAGCCGUAUCGCCGUCGGCCAAAAUGAGCGAGUCACCGACUCAGUCCGCCAUCAAACCGGAUACUACGCCCUGCCCUUCUCCCCGGCCUCACAUACCGGUUGAGAUCAUCAGCGACGAGGAAAUGGCUCUCAUCGACGCUGCCCUAGCCGCCGCCUGCCCUUCCAUCUCCUGUUCGACUCAGUUGCAGAGAGGCGUCAGAUCCAUCCACUCGAUUACUCUGUUAUCAAAGCGGCGGGUUUCUGGGUGCACGGAGUCUGGAUCGUCGCCGACCCGUGAUAUUGAAGAUGGUGGGAAUCGGAUUGUAAGCCCCCGCAAGAAGAACCGGCUCAAGGAAUCACUUUUACAGCGGUUCAGGCGAAAGAGGGGAUUGGCUGUUACUGAUAUUACUGCAACGACUCUCAGUGAUCUGGUGAGGUACUUUCGGAAUACCUGUUCUAUGCUUCCCCAAGCACAUAAUCAGCUUUUGUUGAGGUACGAAUUGCAAGGGGGUGAAACGUUGCUGGGUGAAGACGAAUUCGGGCAUGACUCGAAUUGGGUCAAUGAUCAAAUAAGGUCUUGUUUAGAGUUUUGGAGAGGUGAUCGUGAAGCCAGUUGUGCUCCAAUGGAGGAGCGUUGGAAAUGCAAGAGCUGCAGCUUUGCUUCUGUUUGUCCUGCUUCUUCUUCUUCUUCUCCAACUUCCUAGCCAUGGGAGCAGAAGGAAUAAAAGAAGAACACUUUCUUCAAAUAAUGAUCUGCAGAAUCCAACGAAUUUAUACGGCUUGGGAACUCGGGUCUUUCUUCUCGAGAAAGAGCACCAAUUUCAUAUCCAUGAAGCAGAAAAUUCUUUGUUGUAACUUAUAAAUUCAUAUGAAUUAG